GGGCCCAGGGGCGGCUCCGUGGCGGACUCGAAGCGGGUGGUGGAGCGACCCGGACAGCUGCCUCUGAUUCCCCCCGGCCUGCCCACUCUGACCAUGAGAGCUGCCCACCUCAUCCUGCUCUUGCUGCCUGCAGGCCUGCUGGCUCAGGGCCAGUAUGACUUAGACCCGCUGCCAUUCCCGGAGCACGUUCAGUACCCUCACUAUGGUGACCAGAUCGACAGCCCGGACUACUACGACUAUCAGGUUGCAGAGGCAAGUCCUCAGCCCUCAGAGGAGGAGCAGUUCCAGUUCCAGUCCCAGCAACAAGUGGAACAGGAAGUCAUCCCUGUGCCCACUCCAGAACCAGGAAAUGGGGAGACCGAGCCCACAGAACCUGGGCCUCUUGACUGCCGGGAGGAGCAGUACCCUUGUACCCGUCUCUACUCCAUCCACAAGCCUUGCAAACAGUGCCUCAAUGAAGUCUGCUUCUACAGUCUGCGCCGGGUGUACGUUGUCAACAAGGAGAUCUGUGUCCGUACGGUGUGUGCCCAUGAGGAGCUCCUCCGAGCGGACCUUUGUCGGGACAAGUUCUCCAAAUGUGGCGUGAUGGCCAGCAGUGGCCUGUGCCAGUCUGUGGCCUUCUCCUGCGCCAGGAGCUGCGGGAGCUGUUAGGGUGGAGCAGGCACCCUGAGCUCCGGACCCCUCGGGCAUCCGCGACCUUGGGCACUGCCUGACCUGGUGCUUCUCCCCUCCCCCUUCCUACUCCCUCAUUGGUGAGGGCUCUGCAGCCCCAGGGUGUGGCUGGGGCACCUCGGGCCCUCCCGCAGCUGCUGACCUUGGCCCUGACCCAGCCUCCACCCCCUGAGUGGGUGGGGGCAUCCCUGGCCUCUCCAUGAGAUGAGGGCCCCAGAAGUGCCUUUUCUGUCCUACUAGGGACAGUCCCCAAGGUGGCUA